AUCAACCGAUUUCUUAUCUGGACAAUACCCAAACCAAAAGCCAAAAAGAAAAGGGAAAAAAAAUGGCAUUUUGUCACUUCAAGCCUACUUUUUUUGAAUAUACACAUCCAUCACUAGAUUAGUAUAGAGACCUAAUUGGGGAAUCAAACAUUUCAAUAUACUCUGCAAAUUAUAGAGCUACACCAUUUUCAAGCUUACUUUGGAAGUUCAUUAUCAAGAGAAAGUCACUCUGCAACGAAGUUCAGACUCCAUGAGUAAUGGCAACUGAAGCUGAAGUAUCAGAAAAGAUCCUUUCAAAUAAAAUAGCAGAGAAGGGCAAGGAGUCAACAUGUGAUGAGACAGAAUCAUUCAAAGAAUUGCCGAAAGUUGAAGGUGAUGUUGGUAUCUGUGAAGGUGAAAGUUUUUUGGUAUCACCCUCACUUGCCAAGGUUGCAAUUGAAAACACAUGCGUACAUUCUGAGAGUACUUUAGUUGAUGAAAAGAUAAUUCUGCAACAGAAGGAGGUACUAGAUAAUGAAACCCAAUUGCCGAACGAUCUAAAGCAAGAAGCUGUUCAAGAGGCAUAUGGCAUCACAGGAGAAGAGGAGGCACCUCUCAAUAUUGAUGAAGGCAAUGAAACUCUGAAGAACAAGGUGAUUCUUGGUCAAGAAGUUGAAACCAUGGAUGGACAGGCUUCAACCAGAGAACUUCCACAUAAUAUUGAAGAGGUGAUAGCAGUGAAUCACUCUCAGGUGGAUGCGAUAGACGGAAAGAAAUCCAGUGGGGAAUCUGAAUUAGAGCUUGGAGAAAAAGUUCAUGAAACAAGCAAGGGAACAACAGAAGAAAAUCAAGAGGCUCUUUCUUUCACAAAUGGUUUGAUUGGAGAAACCUUGAAAAUAGAUGUCAAAGAUAUCAGAGAGGCUUGUAUUGAAGAUGCAAGCAGAGAUGACGAACCAAUUAAACAAGAAGUAGAAGAGAGUGUCUUUGAAGGAGUAAAAUGCAAGUGGCAAGAAAAAUCCUCCAAUACAGAGGGUAAGGAGACAGGUCCAACAAUAGCCAACCCAAAUGAAAAGAUAGGGGAAGAUAAACAAGAGGGACAUGAAAACCCACAAGAUGGCACUACAGACUGCAUUUUGAAGGGCGAGGAGAUUUCAACGAUCCAAGAUUGUGAAGAGAUCGUACACAACAGUGAGGAUACAAAUGAAAGGUUUCAUAUCCCACCUACUAAAUUCAUAACAGAAGAGACAAGCUUGGACCAAUCUGAGCAGGAAAGUGGGAAGAUUGAACAGUCCAGCAUUGCAUUAGAAGAGAAAAGUAAAGAAACAGAUGAUUCAAAUGAAACAUUGAAAGACAAAAAUCCAGGGGAAAAUGAAAACCCGGAUAACGAUCUGGAAAUCCCGUUAGUCACCAAAGAAAAAAGAUUGGACAAAUCUGAACAGGAAGCUGGGAAAGUUGAAGAAAAAGAUGAAAAUCCAGUUGAAUAUGAAAUCCCAGGUACUGAAGCUCUGGAAAGCCCUCUAGUCACACAAUUAACAGAAGGCUCACAUUUUCAAGAACAAGACAAGCCCUACAAAAUUGAAGAAACUUCUGAAACUGAGUCGGCAAAUACUGGGAAGGAUAACGGUAAUGAAGAAAAACCUCAGGAUAAAAUCGUCGAGAUGGCUGAAAGCACCAUAAGUGAGGAAGCUAAGGAUGAUGAGAACCCUGAAACAAAGCUUGAUACCUCCUCCAUAAAGGAUGAGGAAGGGCUGGAAAGUCCAGAAAGAGGAAGUGAGAAACUGGGUUUUCCAUUGACAAAUGAUUCAAUUGACGAAAACAAAGAUAAAGGAGGACCUUCUGUUACAGAAACCGGGGACAACACUGAGGCUACUGAAAUAAUUGGGGCUGAAGAGAUUUGCACAUGGAAAAUGCCAAAAGAUGUGGAAGCUUUAGAACAGAGCUCGCAGACAGAUAAACCAGAAGAGGAGAAAAUUGAAAAAUCCUUGGGCGUAGUGUCUGAGGCAGUUGAAGCAGCUGCUUCAAGUGCAGAUGCUGAAAGAAGUACCAUGGAGAAAGAAGAACCCAUUAACAGUGUUGUAGAAAGCUUCAAAGAAGAAAGGAAGGAAGGGGGCAUAAAUUGGGAUGAUGAAAUGAAGGAACAUAGAACACCAAAAGAUGAGAAUCUGAGAGCAGUUGAACCAAGUCAAAAGAUAGAAAAGAUGGAAAUUGAAAGCCCAAACAUGGAAAUGGGAAAUUCACCAGUUUCCCACUCAUUGGUUGAAGAAUCUAUACAAGAAGUAUGUGAGCAGCAGGAGGAAGUCUCCAACCUUGAAGUGGAAGAACAAGUUCAUGAAGAAAACAGAAAUGCUCCAGUAGAGAAUAAGCACAUUGAAGAAGAAUUUAGAAUGACAGAAAACAUAAAAAGCACAAUGUUGGAGCAAGAAACAAGUAGAGAUGGUUCACAAACAUUGGAAUUGAUUCCACAAGAAAGUGAAAUGGAAGUUGAAGACACUGUAAAGGUUUCCGAACUAGACUCAAAAGAGAGAUCCACAGACACUGAUGCCAGUCCGAAAACAGAAGAGGAGACCGAAGAGAAUGAAGCAGCUUCUGAAAUAGGAAUGGUUAAAACCAUAACAGAAGGUGAACUAGAGGAAAUGAUCAUAAAGGAAGACUGCUGCACUCCAGAACAGGGAACUGCAUUUUUGGAAAUUCAAACAGAUGACCAAAAUAGUCAAGUAGAGGAAAAGAAGGAAGCCCCUGAGGGAGAUGAAAAGGAGGAAGAAAAACUCAAAGAAGAGUUCACAGACUCUGAAGUGGGGACUUUAAAGAAUAUGGAAGAUACAAACAAGAAUGCUGAUUCUUCGGAUGUUACAGAAGCAUCAAGAGAAGAAAUUCUGCAGAAUGAGCACAGUAAGAAGUUUGCGGUGAGUGAAGAACACAGCAAAGAGGACCUUGAAAAAGGAGAGAACAAUAAUGAACAGCUUGAAGCUGAAUAUGCCAAGAUCUCGCAAGAAGCCGAACAAGAAGGGAAACAAUUGGUAGAUGGUUCCAACCUUGCUUCCGAGAAAAUUAGUCUUGUGACAACUGAAACAAGUUCAACAAUCUUCCAGCAUGUAGAUGUGAAUAGUGCAAAGCUUCAGGAGACCCAUAACGAAAGUGUCAAUGCCGAGAAGGCAUUGAAAGUGGAAAAACAGGAUGCAUAUGAAGGCGACAAAAGAAAAGAAUGUGAAAUACAAAUGGAAUCUUCUGACACAUUCAUAGGAUUUCAAGACAAAGGAAUUGAAGCAACUAAUGGAACAGAGAUCACAGCCAGUGAGGCUCCGUUAGACAACAGAUGGGAAGAAACUCUUCAGGGAUCUGCAACACUGGCAUCUAGACAGGAGCUUGAUUCAAUUGAAAAAAGCAAGGAGACAAAGGAUGAGAGUCCAAUGCAAGAAAAUAACCUGGAAUUUCCUUAUCUUGCAAACUCAACGGGAGAGAUCUCAAUUCAGAAGGAAGAGCCAUGGAAGCUGGAGGACCUCUCUAAGAUGGACACUAACGAAAUUGGGGAGGAGAGCACAAAUGAGGAACUUCAGGAAGAUGACAGUGCAAAGGAAAACAAUCUCCCUGAAUCAUACCCUGAAAAGAAUACCUCUGAAUCAAAAGAUACUGAUGAAAUUCUUAAGAGGGAGGAAGUUACUGAACUAACAAAGCUUGGGGAGAAUAGCAGAACAGAGAAUCUGAAGGAUGAAUGCAAACUACAAGAAAGCUCAGAGGAGGAUGACUUGGAUGGUGAGAAGCCAUUUGAUGUGGUGUCUAAGGGUGCUGAGACAAUCAGUUCCUGUGCAAGCAUUGAGAAGGAUGUCCUAGAUCAAGAGGACCACGUUAAGAAUCUUGACAAGAUCCCUAAGGAAGGCAUAAUAGGAAGUGAGAAAGUUGAAAACAUGGGAAUUAAGUUGGAGGAUGAAGAUCAAAGUCAUGAAAGAGAUGAAGGUUUUGAUCCCAUAGAAAAUAGUGCUUUUCAAGAGAAAUCUGAAGAUGUUGAUUCAAGUCAGAAGCUAGAAAGGGUGUGUGAAGUAGUGGCUGAAGAUCAAAGUCAUGAGACCCUCCCUGGAGCCAAAGAGAACAAAAUCAAGGAAGAUAAUAUGGUUGUGGAGGACCAGAAUACUGCUGCAGUUGAAGAACAAAUGAUUAUGCAAAGACUUCAAGAAGCAGAAAAGGACAGAAUAAACGUUGAGGACACAGGACACAAACUUGAGGCAAAACUUCAAACAGGAAAAGAUGAUAUCCCAACUGAAACUACAAAGACUUCCAUUUUAAAUGGAGUGGCACACUGUGGAUAUGAUAAAGCUGAAUCAAGCCAAUUGAGCAUAGAGGAAGAAAGCACCGAUAAUGACCUCCACACAGUAUCAAUUGAAGAUAGAACACUCAAUGAGGUAAAAGAUUCUGUUCUUUUAUCCAUUGAUAUGUGCACCCAAGAAGAUGUGAAGACAGAAACAUUGGAUUUAAAGACUGUGGAAUACCCAAAUAAGGAACCUGAAGCUUCUCCCAUUACAGAAAUAUUAGGAGAUAUAACACAGAGGCAAGCGAGUGGGGACUCUUUGGACAUCUCCAAGUCCAUAGCUGAGGUAUCUGAAGAAAAGAUAAGAGAGUAUAUUCUCAAGGAAGCAGAGACAAGAAAUGACAAGCUCAGCAUUGCAUCUUUUACAGCGGUAACAGAAGAGAUUAGGUCACAGGAAAGUGAAAAGCUUGUAGGGGCCACUGAUAUUGGUUCUGAAGAAAUGAGCCAAAGAACAGUUGAAACUGGUUCAAUGGAUGAAGAAGUCAAUGAGGUGAAGCUUGCUCCAACCCCUGAUUCGGUCAUCCAACUUCCCUCUGAAUGUGAUAAUGCGCAUGAGGAGAGUAAAAAACUGGAGAAUAUGGAUCCAUAUGAAGUGGAAGAAGAAGUUGAGAGAUCUUCCAAUGCAGUAUCUGCAUCUGAACAUCAAUCUGUCAAAGCAAUCACUGAAGCUGAGACCACACCUGGUCCACCAGCCAUGGUUGAAGAAUCAGAAGAAAACCUUCCAGAACCCUCUGUAUCUGGUUCUGAACAGGAUCUUGGGAGCAAAACCACAAAUCAGAAUAUAAGAGAUGAAAUGCUGGAGGAUGAUGAACCCUUAGGAGUGAAGAAUUCAGUUGGUCUUUUUACCCUUGAGGAAAAAGAAAACAUGUGCUUGCAGAGAGAGGAACCCAUGGAGCUUGAACAGGCACCCAAGAUGGGGUUCCAAGACAUAGAGAAGGGAAGUCCAACUAAAGAACAGGAGGAAAAAGAAGGUCAGAAGCCAGAUGAACCUUCCAAACUAGAUUCUGAAAUACCUGCUAUUGAGGCAAAAGAUGAUGAUUCAUUCCUGGAGAGAGAGAGAAAUACAGAACCAAAUGAGGCUUGCAACUUUUGCAGAAUUGAGACUUCGAAGGUGGAAGAAAAUGAAAUUUUAGUUUCAGAUUCACACAAAGAAGAAUCAGAAGGAAAAAAUUUUGAAAUUCCCUUCAAUAAGAUGAGUGGGGAAGUGGAACAUGACGAAGAUGGUGAAAAAGCAAACACUGGAAAAGAUCUCAUGGAGAAAUAUGACCAUGUUAAAAGUCCAAAAGAAGCCCAAGAGGAAGAGGCAAACUCCUUUGGCACCAAAAAAAAGGCUGAAAGUUCUCAUUUUAUAUCUGAGGAGCAGGAAACAGAAACACCACCUUCCACAGACAAGAUAGAUACCAGCAAGAUAAACGAUGAAGCAGAUAAGGAUCAUGAUGCUUUACCUACACCAAAUUCCCCAGCAGAAGAAAUAACAAAGGAGGAAGCAUUCCAUGACCCCCAGGAGGUCACUCAGCUGGUGCCUAAAGAACUGAUUCUUGGAAUUAAUGAAACAAAUGAAGAGAACAGAGAAGGUGCCGCUGAAGACAAGAAUGUAGUGAAAGAACUCAUUGAAGUUCAGAAGUGCAAUAACACCUCUUCAAACUUGGUAUCUAAUCCAGGUGCCAUUGUAGAAGACUUGCAUCCAACAGAUCAGGAGGUUCCAACCAAUGACUCCAACACUUCAGCUUUCACUGAGGCUGCACAAGAACAAGCUCCAGAAAAAGGAAGCCAGAUGACAGAAGAUGAAGGGCUGACUUUAGAGUUCACUAAGAAAGCAACAGGGGAAGUGAACCUCCCAAAAGAAGCAAUAGAAGGAGACCCAGUUAAGGAUGAGGGUGCAGUAAAAGAAACUUCAAAUAAGGAAGGUGGGAAUAUGGAGAUAUACAGAUUUGUUCAUGGAACAAAGGCAAAUGAGGGAGGGAAAACCCUAAUUCCAGGACAGGAAAUCAUGACAGUUUUCUCCUCUGUUGAACAAGUGACUGCAGGUAACCCUGAAGAGCAUGAUACCACAACUAAUGUGGUGAUCGAAGAGCAAAAUCACUAUCUACCAUGUGUUGGUGAAGAAACGGUUAAGAAGGUUCAUCAAGAUGAAAUGGAGGUGAAUGAGGUUGAUGAGAUGGCAACUAAAUUGGGAGAUGAAGAUAAGAGCCAAGAAUUGGGGACUAUAGAAGAUCAGGGAGAGAAAGUAAAUGCAGAGGAGACCCUAAAUCGAGAAAUUUUAAAUGAAAAUGUGUCAGAAGGACUUGACAAAGGUGAUGCAAGUACGAACGGCGGAGAACUGAUUAUGGAAAAAACUGGAAUGAUCAAGGAACCAUUCCUAGUUGCCAUGGGAGAAGAAACACGUAAAGAAUGCCAUCACGAAGAGGAAAAGGAGGGAAACAAGGUCAAUGGUACAAAAAUUAAACUGGACCUCGAAGAUCACAGUAAGGAAUUGGAUGCUGAAGAAGAUCUAAAAGACAAGGCAAAUGAAGCAAACAAGAUCACGGAAUGUGAAACUUUACAUGAAGAGGUAUCUAAUGAAUUUAAGGAAGACGGAUCAGGUGAGAAAAUGGAAAGACAUGCCACAGAAGAGGAAGCUAUGAAGGAUUCGUCCCUAGCUUCUACUAAAGAAGAAACAGUUAGAGAGGAUCAUGAAGGAGAAAAAAUGGACAGCCAAGAGGUCAAAAGUUCUGAUGUUGUAUCAGUGAACCAGCAGCUAGAAAAAGCACCUUCCACUGAUGAGGCAGACACUUCAACCACUAGGGUUGAGGCAGAUAAUGAUUCAUCUUUCACUGAGGCUUCACAAGAAAAAGCACCAGAAAAAGGAAGCCAGAUGAUAGGAUACGAAGAAGACCAAACUUUGGAGUUCACUAAGCAAGCAAUAGGUGAAGUGGACAUACCAAAAGAAGCAAUGGAAGGGGAUCGAGUUAAGGAUGAGGGUGCAGUAAAAGAAACUUCAAAUAAGGAAGGUGAGACUAUGGAGAUAUGCAGAUUUGUUCAUGGAACAAAUGCAAAUGAGGGGGACGAAACCCAAAUUCCAGGACAAGAAAAAAUGGUGGUCUUCUCAUCAGUUGAACAAGCAGCUGCAGAGAGAAUUUUGAAGGACAACCCUGAAAAGCAUGUGGCGAUCGAAGAGCAGAUCCAGGUCAAGAAUCACUAUCCACAACACGUUGGGGAAGAAAAAGUUAAAAAUGUUCAUCAAAAAAACGAUAUGGAGGUGAAGGAAGUUGAUGAGAGUUUAAUUAAGUUGCAGGUCGAAGAUAACAGAGACACAGCUAUGGGAGAUCAGGAAGAGAAAACAAAUCCAGCUAAUGAGACCCAAAAUUGUGAAAUUUUAAAUGAAGAUGUGUCUGAAGGAUUUGACAAAGCUGGUGCAAGUACAAACAUAGGAAAACAGAUUAUGGAAGAAACUGAAAUGGUCGAGGACCCAUGCCUAGUUUCUAUAGGAGAAGAAACAUAUAAAGAAAGCCCGCAUGAAGAUGAAAAGGAUGGAAACAAAGUCAAUGAACCAAAACCUAAACUGGAGCUUGAAGAUCAGAGUCAGAAAUUAGAUGCUGAAGGAAAUUCAGAGGGCAAAGAAAAUGAGGCAAAAAUGGCUACGAAAUGUGAAACUUUAGAUGAAGAGGAGUCUAAUGGAUUUGAGGGUGCUGGAUCAAGUGAGAGAAUGGAAAGACAGAUGACAGAGGAAGAAGCUAUGAAGGAUAUAUACUCAGUUCCUAUUAGAGAAGAAACAGUUGGAGAGGACGAUGAAGAAGAAAAGGACAGUCAAGAGGUUGAGAAGGAAGAAACUAAGUUGAACCCUGUAGACCAGAAUAAUGAAACAAGAUUCAAAGAUGGUGCAACAGAAAAAGAAAUUAUAAAUAAAGAGGUCAAAAUUUUUGACGUUGUAUUGGAGGAGCAGCAGCUAGAAACAACAUCUUCCACCAAUGAGGCAGAUACUACAACCAUAAAGAAUGAGGCAGAUAGGGAUCUUGAUGCUUCAGCUACACCAAAUUCACCAGCAGAAGAACCAUCAGAGGACGAAGCAGUCAAUGAGCCCAAGGAGGUCAUUCUGCUUGUGCCUAAAGAACUGAUCCAUGGAAUAAACGAAACAAAUGAAAAAAAUAAAGAAGGUGCUGAUGAAGGUGACACUGUGAAAGACUGCCAUCCUAAAGAUCAGGAGGUCCCAACCAAUAACUCCGACGCCUCAUCUCUCACUGAGGCUUCACAAGAACGAGUACCAGAGAAAGAAGGCCACAUGACAGAAGAUGAAGAAAGGAGCAAUUCGGUGAUUCUCAAGCAAGCAAGUGUUGAAGUGAAUCCAUCAACAGAAGAAACUGAGGGAGAUUCCACCAAUGAUAAGGCUCAAGCAGAAGAUAUCUUGUACAAGGAAGGGGAGAAGAUGAAUGAUCACACCAAUGUUCAAGAAACAACAUGCAGAUACGAGGGACGAGAAACCCUGGUUCAGGAACAGGAAGACACGGUGGUUUUCUCAUCUGUUGAACAGGCAACUGCAGAGGAAAGCAUCAAAGAUAGCCUCAAGGAUCAUGAUAUCACAACUAAUUUGGUGAUUGAAGAGCAGAGCCUGCUCAAGGGCCCUUAUGAAGAAUGUGUUGGAGACGAAACAGUUAAAAGCGCUCACCAAGACGAAAAGGAGGGGAAGAGGGUUGAUGAGGAAGCAACUGAAUUGGAGGCAAAAGAUAAGGGCCAAGAUUCCGAGACUAUAGAAGAUCAGAUGGAAAAAAUAAUUGAAACAAGUGACCAACCAAAAUGUGAAAUCUUAAAUGAAGAGGUGCCCGAGGGGCUUGAGAACGCCAGUACAACUGAGAACAUAGAAAAACAUAACAUGGAGGAAAACAGAACAAGCAAGGACCCUUGUGAAGUUUCUAUAGAAGAAACAUGCAAAGAAUGCCAUCAUGAAGACAAAAAGGAGGGGGAAAUGGUCAAUGACACAGAACUUAAACAGCAGCUUGAAGAUCUGAGAAGGGCAGAGUUGGCUGGAGAAGAUCUAGAGACAAAGCAAAUGAAACAAAUAAGACUACAAACUGUGAAACAUUAAAGAUGAGGUGUCUCUUGGAACUGAAAAUGCUGGAUCAAGUGAGAAAAU